AUGGCGCUAUAUGGGACUUCUGACGCCUUGAUGUGCAGGGCGUUCCCAACGACCUUUAGGGGACCGGCCCGCACAUGGUACAGCGGCCUGAAGACCGGGACCAUCUCUUCCUUCGAUCAGCUCACCCGAGACUUCGAGCUCAACUUCCUCGCCUACGCCAGUCCGAAGCCGUCUGUGGCGUUGCUCCUCGGACUCAACCAAAGGGAGGACGAGCCCCUCUCCCACUUCGUGAACCAUUUUACGACGCAGAUCCGAGGGCUCUUGGACGCUCACUCUUCUCUAUUGAUGCAGGCAUUCAUGAUAGGCCUGCGGCCCUCCAAGUUCUUCUGGUCUCUUGUAGAGCGACCUCCCACGACGGUACCCGAGAUGCUCCAACGGGCGAGCCAGUUCGUCGCCGCGGAGACAUGGAUGGCCGGGAGACGCGAGGAGCACAAGAGGAUCAAGCCGGAGUCGCCCCGGCAGCAGCAACCCGCUGCGUCUCGGCGUAGGUUGGACAGAUCCGACCCGCCGGCAUCGAGGCCCCCUCUCCCAGCCUUGAACUCGUCCCGAACGGAAAUAUUCCUCCACAUAAGGGAAAAGGGACUGCUCAAAGAGCCUUUACCCGAUGAGGAGUCUGCGGGCGUUGGCGGACCAAUCGAAUGUCGGGAGCUAAAGAGGCAGAUCGAGGAGCUCAUUCGUAGGGGACACCUCGGCCAGUACCUCCGACCGGACAAGGAACUUUCACCGCGCCCGGAGGGUCCCAUCGAACGACACAUCGACGUAAUAGCUAGCGGCCCCGCGUCUGGUGGGGAUUCCAUGACCAGAAGAAAGGCGUACGCCAGAGCCACUCCGACCGAUGCUCCCAAGCACGGGCCCGAGCCUAAUGUCACCUUCCCGGCCGGGACAUCCGAACAAACCGAGCACGAUGAUGCGCUCGUGAUAUUGGCCAGAAUAGCCAAUGCACAAGUAAGAAGGAUCAUGGUCGAUAUCGAGAGCUAG